CCUCCCCAAGCCUCCAGCGAAGAGGAAGUCACGGUGAGUUCUGCUGAGUGAGAGUCUGUGUCUGCGAGCAGGAACACGUUUACAUCUUAAUCCUCCGUCAUGUGUCCAUCCGUCCUCUUCCUCCUCUUCCUCCUCGGCCUGGUGAGCUCGGUCGGCUCGGUGCCUCCUCCGCGGACCUCCUUCCGCCGCAACUCUGUGGACAGGCCCGUUGUCCUCUUCGCCCCCCCCGACGUCCACAACGCCACCACGCUGUUGCUAAGCGACGACAGCUCCACCCUGUACGUGGGGGCGCGGGACGCCGUCCUCUCAUUGGACGUCAGUCGGAGUGAUGUCAUCAGGCUGAAGGAGAAGGUGGAAUGGCGUCCAUCGCAGAGUGAAAUAAACAACUGCCAAAGUAAAGGAAAGAAUCCAACGGUGGACUGUCCUAACUUCGUGAGUGUCCUGCAGCAGAUGAACUCCACCCAUCUCUACGUCUGUGGCAGCUUCGCCUUCAGCCCCCACGACGCCUUCAUCGACACCCGGAGCUUCUCCAUGGGGACACACGCUGAUGCUAAAGCUAGAGGCCGCUGCCCUCACAGCCCCGAGCAGAGGAACACGGCCAUCAGCAUCGAUGGGGAGCUGUUCACUGCCACCACCACUGACUUCAGGGGUGUCAAACCGCAGAUCUCUCGACACUUCAGCAAAGAUGGCCGACAGGAAGUCAGCCAGGACUCAUCAGUGGGCCUGCUGGAGGAGCCCACCUUCGUUGGCUCGUCUCACGACCCGUCUGGGGAGAAGCUUUACUUCUUCUUCAGUGAGGUCGGGAAAGAGUUCAACUUCCUGGAAGAGCUGCAGGUUGCCAGGGUGGCCCAAGUCUGCAAGGGGGACAUCGGUGGUCAGAGGACUCUUCAGAACAAGUGGACGUCCUUCGCCAAAGCGCCUCUGCUUUGUCAGCUUCCCAGACAGCUUCCCUUCAACGUCCUGCAGGACGUGUUCACCCUCCGGCCUCCAGAGGGCGCCGACGCCUCCGACACGCUGCUCUACGCCGUCUUCACGUCCCAGUGGUCCUCCUCUCCGGAGUCGGCCGUCUGCGUCUUCAAGCUCCCGGACAUCAGAGCGGCUUUCACCGGGAGCUACCGGACCUUCAUCACCGGGACACGCCAGCUGAACCACAUGCCGGAGAAACACUGGUACCUGGGACGGUGUGGACUGAACAACGCGUCAGACCUUGAGUUAUCUCAGGUGAAGAAGAGCUUCCUGACCAGCAGCAGCGUGCGAGGCGACCCCAUCGCCGCCUCCUCGGAGCAGCGGUACAGCCGCGUGGCCGCGAUGAGGACGCAGGCGGCCGAUGGAAAAAUUUACACUCUACUCUUCCUGCUCACGGAGUCCGGGUUCCUCCACAAAGUGGCUCUGUUGGAUAAAGGAGCUCAGGUCAUCGAGGAGAUUGAGGUCUUCACACCACCUCAGCUGGUCAAAAGCCUCGUCAUCUCCUCCAAGGGAGUCGUCUUCGUGGGCACCUCAGAGGGCGUGACCUCCGUCCCCGUGGCGCGCUGCUCCAUCUACGCAACCUGCGCUCAGUGCGUCCUGGCUAGAGACCCCCUGUGUGGGUGGAGCCGGGCCGGCGCCGUCUGCACCGGGCUGGAGGGGCAUCGCCAGGACUUGGCUCAAGACCUGACGCACGGGGACGUGAGGGAACAGUGCCGAGGGAGAACCAGGGCGAGACUGGUCCAAGAAGUCAACGUCCAUCCCAACGAGGCAGUGAGGCUUCGUUGUGUGAAACCCUCCAACAUGGCAACCCUGACCUGGACCUCCUCACGCUUCCAAGUCCUGCCGGAGAACCUCUUCAUCACGUCGGCCGACGGCGGCCUGAGCUUCAUCGCCAUCGCCGACACCUUCGGGUCCUACAGCUGCGUGGCGCGGGAGGCCGGCUACGAGGAGGUGGUGGCGAGCUACGAGGUGCGGCAGAAUGACCCGGACGACCACGGCCAGGUGAUCCUCACCACCGAGGAGCCAAAGAUCUCUGCCCCGAGAACCUCGGGGUACGUUGAGGCGGACCAGGCCGAGGAGGCGGAGCUUCUGUUCACCACUGAUUUAAAGCGCCUGACCCCUUCCGGACCGACGGACAACUCCUUGAUCCUCGCCGUGACCGCGGCAAGAAACGCGCAGCCCGGGGGGGAGGCGCCGAAACAGGCCUGGGUGGGAGGGAGGAGCUACCACGGCGAGCUGGUCGUGGUCUCCACCUUGCUGGCAACCUGCGUCCUUGUCCUGGCGCUCGCCGGCCUCUGGGAGUGGCGGCGGAGGAGCGGCGGCCUCCAGGAGAGUCCGCUGGUCGGCCCGGGGGAAGGCGGUGGGACCAACGGAUGGAGGGAGGGAGUUCCCUCUCUGAGCGGACCGGAGAAGUAGGUGGUGAAGUCAGGACGGGCCUCCUGAAGACAGAAACCCCGUCCGGCCGCCUUCCCUGCAGUUUAGACUUAAAUCCAGAAAAAGAGUCUGAAAUAUUCUCACAAGCAUUCAGGCUCAGCGUCGCCUUCUAGUCUGAAAAUAAACCCGACCAGGACGUUUUACAACCUUUUAUAUUGUAAUCAAUAAACCUUUUUCAGAGCUCUGAACAUCGUAUGUAGAAUGUUUCAUCAACUUUAAGUGUUUCAUCUAUUUUUAUUGUUUUAAUAACUCGUUUAUUGAAAUCUGUUUCAUGAAAUACAGAUGAGUUAUGGAUCUGAUUCCUAGUGGGAUUAGGAUUAACUUUGUGUUUUAUUAGAUCUGACUCUGUAACAUCUUUGUUAACUGUUGAAACCUUUUAUUAAAUGAUAUGUUUAAAUUCAUGGGAUUAUGAGGCUUUAUGAAUAGUGAAUCCUGUGUGUUUUAUGUAUUGAGCUCAUUGCUGUGUGAGACUGAAUGUGAGAGCCGCUGUGAAUGUAAGAAGUUACAACGUAUAUAGUUUCAAUUAUUUCAUCCGAUUUUCUUCACAAACAUUGUCACCUCUUAUGUCUGAAAUUAAAACCAUAAAAUGUAAAGAUGUUGGACAUUUGUUGUUAAAACCUACAUUUUAUCGGACCGAUUCAUAAUCAUUUUUAUCAAAGUUUACUGAACCUAAUUAAAGAAUAUUUUCCUUCA